GGCCAGUUCGCCAUCGUGCGGAAGUGCCGGCAGAAGGGCACCGGGAAGGAGUUCGCGGCCAAGUUCAUCAAGAAGCGCCGCCUGUCGUCCAGCCGCCGGGGGGUCAGCCGGGAGGAGAUCGAGCGGGAGGUGAACAUUCUGCGGGAGAUCCGGCACCCCAACAUCAUCACGCUGCACGACAUCUUCGAGAACAAGACGGACGUGGUGCUCAUCCUGGAGCUGGUUUCGGGCGGGGAGCUCUUCGACUUCCUGGCAGAGAAGGAGUCGCUGACGGAGGACGAGGCCACCCAAUUCCUCAAGCAGAUCCUGGACGGCGUCCACUACCUGCACUCCAAGCGCAUCGCCCACUUCGACCUCAAGCCAGAGAACAUCAUGCUUCUGGACAAGAACGUGCCCAACCCGCGCAUCAAGCUCAUCGACUUCGGCAUCGCCCACAAGAUCGAAGCAGGGAAUGAGUUCAAGAACAUCUUUGGCACCCCCGAGUUCGUGGCCCCGGAGAUUGUCAACUAUGAGCCCCUUGGUCUGGAGGCUGACAUGUGGAGCAUUGGUGUCAUCACCUACAUCCUCUUGAGCGGCGCUUCCCCGUUCCUGGGUGAGACGAAGCAGGAGACGCUGACCAACAUCUCAGCCGUGAACUACGACUUCGACGAGGAGUACUUCAGCAACACCAGCGAGCUGGCCAAGGACUUCAUCCGCCGGCUGCUCGUCAAGGACCCCAAGAGAAGAAUGACCAUCGCCCAGAGCCUGGAGCAUUCCUGGAUCAAGGCCAUCCGGCGGCGCAACGUGCGGCGGGAGGACGGCGGCCGGAAGCCGGAGCGGCGGCGCCUCAAGACGGCGCGCCUCAAGGAGUACACCAUCAAGUCGCACUCGAGCAUGCCCCCCAACAACACGUACGUCAGCUUCGAGCGCUUCUCCAAGGUGCUGGAGGAGGUGGCGGCGGCCGAGGAGGGCCUGC